AUGGCUACCACAACUGAUAUCCAGAACCAAAGUCAAAGUCACAAGCAAUUGGAAGCAGAAGGGAGAUUAAAAAGCAAAAUUGUUUGUAACAAUCAGGACUCAAGCUUUUCACAUGUUAUUGGUAGUGACGAUGAAAAUAAAAAUUAUAUUGGGAGUAAGGACAUUGAUGAAAGGCAAACAACCUUUGUGAAGGGUAGACAGCUGCUCCAUGGUGUUUUGAUUGCCAAUGAGGUGGUUGAGGAGGCUAGGAGGUCUAAGAGGCCUUGCAUGGUGUUUAAAGUGGACUUUGAAAAAGCUUACGGCUCAAUGUCUUGGCAAUUUCUGUUUUAUAUGAUGGGAAGAAUGGGGUUCUGUGAUAGAUGGAUUGGUUGGAUUAAGGGGUGCCUCACAUCAGCCUCUAUAUCUAUUCUUGUGAAUGGAAACCCAACCUCUGAAUUUAAGCCUCAAAGAGCCUUGAGACAAGGGGACCCUUUGGCCCCCUUAUUGUUUGUCUUGGUGGCUGAAGGUUUGACAGGAAUGAUGAGGGAAGCUUCAAUCAAAAACUGCUUUCAAAGCUUCUUGGUUUGGAAGCAUAAGAUCCCAGUGAACAUCCUCGAAUUUGCUGAUAAUACUAUUUUUUUUGGAGAAGCUUCUAUGGAUAAUGUCAAAGCUGUGAAGGCCAUUCUUAGAAGCUAUGAGAUGGUCUCAGGCUUGAGAAUUAACUUUUCCAAGAGCCACUUUGGAGCAAUUGGCCAAUCUGAAGAAUGGGCUCCCUCAGCAGUGAUUAAUAGAUUAAAUGCUAUUCAAAGACAUUUUCUUUGGGGUGGCAAUUCCGAACGAAAGAAGAUUGCUUCGAUAGCUUGGAGUCAUCAAAGUGAUCAGCUAUGGAGCCGUAUUCUGAAUUCUAAAUACAGAGGCUGGAGAGGCUUGGAAGGGGAGCCACAAAAGCCUAAUUUCUCUCAUUGGUGGUCUGACUUGAGAUCCAUUAAUCAGCAUGGGUGUAUGGUUGAGGAUAGUUGGGUGUGGGGAGCUGCUUCUAAUGGGAUAUUAUCUUCCAAAUCUGCUUGUGUUUGCAUUAAAGCUGAGCAGUCUUCUGAAGAUCAUCAUCUUGGUUUCUGCCAGCUGUGGGAUACUAAAAUUUCUCCUAGAGCCUUAACCUUUGCGUGGAGAUUGCUUUGGGAUAGGCUUCCUUCUAAGGAGAACCUAUCCAGGAGACAAGUUGAUCUUGCCAAUGACUUAUGCCCCUUCUGUCAAAGCAAUUCUAAAUCUGCUUCUCAUCUGUUUUUCACUUGUCAAAAAGGUCUGCCUUUGUGGUGGGAAUUUAACACCUGGGUUAAGGAGGAUAGAGCUCUUCACUGCAGGCCCAUGGAUCAUUUCCUUCAGCACUCCUCCAUAGCAGGUUCGAAGGCUUCGAAUACAAGAAAGAAAAUUUGGUGGAUAACAGCUACAAGGUCCAUAUGGAAGCUCCGAAAUGAUGUGAUCUUUCAUAACCAGGCUUUCCACAUUUCUAAGUUGGUGGAUAACACUAACUUCCUCACUUGGUCCUGGCUGAGGGGGUGGGAAAAGGACUUCAAUGCCCCUUUUCAUCAAUGGUCCUAA